ACAUUAUCUUACUCAACACCUUUCGAAAAUACUCUACAUUUCCAUUUCCCUCUAUUGACUGUGAGAGAUUCCCUUGUCAAAUUAUCACUUUGAGUUUAUUUUUCUACAAUAAAAUGGAUACUCCUGAGUUGACUGAAUAUGAAUCUGUACCAAGUAUUCGUGUCCAUAAACGUGAGACAAAGCACAGAAUAUUUGUCAACCGAAGCUUGCAGCUAGACAAGAUAAAGUUUUUCGGAUUCGAUAUGGACUACACUCUAGCACAGUAUAAAUCACCACAAUAUGAAGAGCUUGCAUUUAAUAUUAUAAAAAACCGGCUGAUAAAACUUGGCUAUCCUCCGAAAACUUCCGAUUUUGUUUAUGAUCCCUCGUUCCCGCUGAGAGGCUUAUGGUUUGAUCGACUUUAUGGUACUCUGUUAAAAAUGGAUCAGUUUGGCAAUAUUCUUUCAUGUUUACGUGGAUUUAAUUUUAUCCAGAGGGAAGAACUUCGAUCAAUGUAUCCAAAUAAGUUUGUGAAGUACGACGAGAAACGGAUUGAAAUAAUGAACACUUUGUUCAGUCUUCCAGAAACCUACAUACUCUCAUGUAUAAUCCAUAUGUUCGUCAACGAUCCUGAUUAUAUAAAAGUUGAGCAUGGUGUCAAAAAAGGAUCUCUGUAUAUGUCAUACGCUUCAAUUUAUGAAGAUGUAAGAACCGCUUGUGAUUGGAUGCAUAGAGGAGAACUAAAACAACGUACUUUGGCAAAUAUUAGUGAAUAUGUCGAAAGAGAUCCACGUUUAUGUACUUUGUUAGAUCGGCUACGAGUGAAUGGUGCAAAAGUGUUUUUGUUAACGAACAGUGACUUUGAAUACUCUCAUGCAAUUAUGAGCUUCAUUUUGGGAGGUCCAAGACCUGAUGGUACAAUUCGUAAAUGGACAAGUUAUUUUGAUUACAUUGUAACUGACGCAAGAAAACCAGCAUUCUUUCAGGAAGGAACAAUUUUAAGAGUUGUUUGUCAAGAUACCGGGCAGCCCAGUAUUGGUCAUCAUAUGGGUCCUUUAGAAACUGGUCAAAUAUAUUCCGGAGGAUCAUGUGAAGUUUUUUCUCAUCUAAUUGGUGCUCGUGGUAAAGAUGUUUUAUAUGUUGGUGAUCAUGUUUAUGGUGAUAUAUUAAAAUCGAAAAAAACUGUCGGUUGGAGAACAUAUUUAAUUAUACCAGAAUUAGCAAAUGAAAUUUAUGUAUGGAAAAAAAAGAAAUCAUUAUUUGAUGAAUUACAAAAAAUUGAUAAUAAUUUAGAAACAAUCUAUCGUGAUUUGAAUAUCUCAUCGAAUAUAAGACCGGAUGUUGGAGAUUUACAGAGAAAAAUUAGGGCUGUGGCUCAACGAAUGGAAGAAUCUUAUGGUGCAUUGGGAAGUAUUUUCCGAAACGGUUCUCGUCAUACAUUCUUCUCAUCUCAAGUAUUACGUUAUGCCGAUUUAUAUUCUUUCUCUUGUAUUAAUCUGAUCUAUUAUCCUUUAUGUUAUAUGUUUCGUGCACCAGCUAUGCUUAUGCCUCAUGAAUCAACUGUAUCUCAUGGUGAUUCACCAAAAGAUAGUUUUUCCGAUUUAGAUGCUUUACCGUGUGGAAUUCGUCGACGUACUAAAAAUGAAAUCACUCCAUUAUCAACGGACAUAAAUGGUCUUAACUCUACUUUGGAGAGUUCAAUUUAUUGUAAGAGUAAUAAUAAUACUAUUUGUGAAUCUGAUGAAGAACAGGAUGAUUCACUUGAUUCCGAUUAAAGUUAUUGAACUUCACGAAAUUUUUUUUCUCUCUCACAAUUGGUUCUAUCAUUCUUAUCAAUGUAAGGAAUAAAGAAAAUUAAAAUAGAGAAAAUUGAAAAGAAAAAAGAGUGUACAUGUACACACACACACCUACAUACAUACACAUACACAUACACGCUCAAACAAAUAAACAAACAUAAUCGCUUAUUAUAUAAAUAUAAAUAUGUUAAUCAAAACUUACUACCUACAUUGCCUGAUCAUUGUUAAUGUCUAUUCCAUUUAGUCAAUAUACACAUACACUUUUUAUUGUAUUUCUAGUCCGAUUCAAUAUGAUGAUUAGUAGAAUGAAUAUGAUAAUAAAAGCGAAUGAUUUUUGCGUUUUUUUAAAAAUUUAAUUAUUUAUUUAUUAUUUUUAUUGAUCAUUGAACAAUUGAAAUCCUGCGGGUUUUUAAAAAAAAAUCUAAUAACAAUGAAUUCACUGUUGAUUUAAUCAUUCAAUGGAAAUUAUUUUUAAUUCAAAUCAUCUUGAUAAUUGAUUGAUUGGUGACGACGCCUUACUUACUUACUUACUUACGCCUGUUACUCAUGGUGAAGGAGCAUAGGCCGCUCAUCAGCAUUCUCCACGCCUACAUUCUUAUAAUUAACCAUUUGAUUUCAUUAUCAUGAUUAUUAAUUAGUAUGAUUCUUUUGUCACUAAGUGAUGAUAAGAAUGUUUUACCUCUAAAAAAAACAAUGAUUGUUUUCUCUUUAUCCAUCUAUCUAUCUAUCUAUCUCCAUCCGUCAUUAUUGUUAACCGAUGAAGAAAUAUAUC